UCUCACCUGAAAAUACUCAUGAUUCAUGAUGAUUCUCUGCACUCAGCCGCCACGACCCAGCUGAGCGUGAUGACGACGGCGAAGGCAGCCGAAGGGGCUGCUUGUAUGCGAAAGGCACGGAUGACUUCGUUGUGCCAGGAAUGUAACAAAGAGCUGCAGCCUGGAGAUGACAUCUACCCUCUCAUAGGUCGCCCAGGCUUGAAACGAAGUGCUUUAUGCUGGGUGCAUUUAGUGUGUGCCAAGGGUCUCUUGGGCUUGCCAGCUGUCCCCCCAUGCAAGCAUUUUCUCCGGAGUGGCUCUUGUCAAUAUGGUAGCAGCUGCUUCUUUGCCCAUCCGGAAGAGGCUGGGAAGAUGGCACGAGAGCGACUAGAGUUGAGGCGAAACAAACCCAAUGUCAAGGUGGCGAACCGGGGCGAAGGGAGAAGAAAUGCGGUGAAGAAUUACAGCAAGUCCUCAGUGCUCCGCAGGUGGCUUUUAGACCACAUUGGCAUUGACACGUUGCGCUCAGGUUGCGUCCUAGACGUGGCUGGUGGCAAGGGCGAGCUUGCCUGGGAAUUCUUAAACUUGAACUUGGUCGAAGCUGUGGUAUUAGAUCCACGCCCGCUGGACCUGAAGACGGUUGAGCGGAAGUGGCGCAAUGGUUUGUUUUGGCGGAAUCCCAUUUUUCACAGCUAUUUGCACUGUGACUUUGAUAGCACAGUGGAGCCCAAAGUUCCGCAGCACCUGCGCUUGCUCCUGAAUGAAGGUUUGGUUGCAUCAGCGGGUGAUUCCGUGGAUACCGCUGCAAUCCAGGAGUCGAAACGACGGGCCAUGGAGCUGCGGUGGACGAGAAAAGGUUUGGUCGAUCAUGAAGAUGUGACUGAAGAAGUGACGAUGAGAACCGACGGCGAAGAAAGACGACAGGAAGACGACAAGACGACAGCUUCGGACCAUGAAGACUUGGAGGGCGCGCUGGAGGAUGACUGUGAUGUCACGGACCUCGCAGAAGCCUUUUGGGAUGCGGUCCAUGGCUGCAGUUGUGUUGUCGCCCUGCAUCCUGAUCAAGCCGCUGAAGGUGCCAUCCGCUUAGCCCUGAAGUUGGACAAACCGUUUGCCGUGGUUCCCUGCUGUGUUUAUGCGGCCGAGUUCCCCAAGCGGAAGCUGCAACGUAGCGGGCAGCCGGUGAGGAGCUACGAAGAACUGUUGGAGUAUUUGCAAGACUUGGAUCCGCGCAUCCAACGAGCUGAGCUUGAUUUCGAGGGCAAGAGCACCUUGCUCUUCAUGAAGCCAGGUGGAGUCGAAAACACACACGCGGCGCAGGAAAAAGAACGCCGGACAGGACCUUGAGGACUACCUUGAGGUAACGAGAUGGAAUGACACAAACGGUGUGCACACACGACAGGCAGACACACACGACAGACAGACAGACGAUCAUUUUCAAUUGUUCAUUUUCUUCACUGGCAGGCAGCACAGCGGGAAGCUCUGGAGGUUGGUGAGUGCGGACCUGAUGAUGCCUCUUUGCUGAUCCAGCUGGUGCCUGCCGCCUUGGGCAUUGAAGCUGAAGUGCGGGCACGAGAACUGCAGGAGAUUAUUGGCACUGGCGCGACUGAAGUCAUUGGCUCUUUGAUGACACAGUCUGAUGGAGAAAGUCAGGUUGCAGGCCGUUUAGCAGCCCUUCAGCUCCGGGUGCCUUUUCAGUCAUUGAGCAGCCAUUUUCCGCCCACUCUUGGACACAUCCACUCCCUGGGUGAUAUGGUGCGUCGAGGUCAUGAAGGCAGUCGACUCCAAGCCUUGGUGGCUGCUCCAGGUGCCAUUCCUCAUCGUUUUCCAUUCAUGGAAUGGCUGGAGAAUUGGACUCUUGCAACUCAACAGGUACCAGAAUGGCUGAAGCAAUUUGUGAGCGGCCGAGGGCCACUAGCGAAGAUGAAGAUCCGAGAACGACACAUCACCCAUGCGCUAGCAACAGCCAAGUCCAAGACAGAGCCAGAUGUCUUCAGCGCUUUAAAUUUCAAACAGAUGAUCAAGGCUCUGAAGGACGAGGAUCCCUUGCCAAGGAAUCUUUGCUCGCUGAUGGCAGGAGGGACAAUGAGUUUUGAGGUGACUCCAACCGAGGAGCUUCUUAAAUCCUUAGAUGCUCUUGAAAAGCUAUCAGGAGCUUUGUGGGCUAUUGAAAUCUACCGAACAAGGCCCUGGUACUGCCUGGGCUUUUUGAGCCAUGGCAGCCUGUCUGGCGGUUCUGUGUUGCUGGGCGGUGCAGGGCAGAUGUGCUUGGCUGGCUAUGGCCUGGGCGAUGUGACCUCGGUCAAUCCUUUGGCAGAUGCCUUGCAGCUCUCUGUGCGUUUACUCUUGGAGGACUGCCCAUUGCCUGUGGCGCAUGAAGAUUUGUAUUCGCUGAUGAUCGAGUCUGGAGCUGACGUCGACACAGUUGCCGAUUGGCUGAGGAUUGACCAGGAAUCAGCCAAACUCAUCAUAUUCAUGAACCAAGAGGAGCAUACGGAGCGACGGCCAGUCAGCAAUUCAGAAGAGCGCCAGAUCUUUGCCAACAUUCGUGACCUUUCGGUGGCAGGGCCUUGGCCCGGCUCUCCGGUCGUCUCGCGCGCAGACGCCCGGACGGCACAGAUGGAGGCCAUGGAGCUCAGCACUGCUUUGCUGGGUUUGUUACCUGGAGCUUUGGUUCCGGAUGAAGGCAGUACGGCAGGGCUGUUGGCACUCCUGAAGAACUCCAUGGGUUCUCCCGCGCAACACCGGCUCCGGGACAUUGCGCAGCUCGCGCGGCCGACGUUGACUCAGCCGAGAAGAUGGGCCUGGGAUUUGCAGAUCGGAGCUCUUGAAGCCAUCGAGGAGAGACUGGAGACCGAAGCUUUUCAAUUUGCAUCAGACCACGAUUUGAGCCUGCGAAGUGAGUACGAGAGUGUUUGUGCGCUCUCCUCUGCGUUGCUCAUGCCCCACCUGGUAGCGGCGCUGCAACUGGUGCUUGCCAAGGAGUUCCCUCCAUGGCAGUGCCUUUGGGCCCUUCGUCACGCGAAUGCAGCCGCCUCCCGCCUUGUGAAGAUCUUACAGGCCUUUGUGGAGACGAAGACAGUGCACUCCAUCACGACUGCAUUGUCAGUGCCAGUGCCAGCUCCAAAUGCAGGCCGUCGCCAUUCGGUGCAAGAAGAGGCAGUUUGGGCAUUUCGCAAGGUUGAGGAUCAUGGUGAAUCUAUCGCGGGCAUGAUGAUUGGCGGAGUAUGCUUUGACCUGAAACACUGUUUGUUGGUGAGACUCACCUACAAGAAGACAGAGCUGGAAGAAGAUAUGAGGGCCAGGCCGUCUCCACAGAAACCGAAGAUCUUGAAGCACACUCAGGAGAGGGCACAGGCUCGCAGACACUCCAGAAUGGAAGCAGAAGGGGUAAAGAGGCCGCAGAGUUCAAGGAGGCCCUCAAGGCGUGCGAGUGCAGAUCGACGUGCCUCCACCCAGGGCAGUUCUGCCACCGAGGAGGAGACUUUGGCGCCUGUCUUGACCAACCCGGGCGGAGAAGAAGGAUUUACUGAUCCGAUUCCUGGCAUUCUCUCAGAAGAGUUGGGUCCUGGCUCCACGACCACAGGAAUGGCGAUACUGCGAGGAUGGGCGUUUGCCCUUUAUGGCUGGCCAUGUCCCUGUUUUGAAGGACCUGAGAAGGCUGAAAGAGCCGGACUGGAGCCCUACAUGAUCGAUUUACCCCUGGAAGAGCAAGAUAUGGAGACCCUGGCCGCACAAAAGCAGGAGACUGGAAAAGCGGCAUUGCAUCGAAAGCCUUUGUUUCUCAGGGCAUUCAAAUCCGUCCUGGAUGCACUCCCUCGAGAUCCCCCUGGCCAUCUCCUGCGCAGGAAUGUAGUACCACAGAUUCGAGACAUGAUGGACAAGAUUCACUUCUACAGAGGGAACAUCCUGGAGUUGGCUCAUGGCUUUGCCAACUACAUGGGUCCACUCGGCGUGACCUGUGUUGAAAGUCUGGUGUCCCGGGCGCAGGCAACAGAGUUCAAGUUCAAAGUCGGGCUGGCGACCGUCAAAGCGACUGCUGCCUUGGUCCGCGCAAAGGAGAGUGUGGAAUUGUUCAGACCCUCUGACCUCACAGCUUUGCUGGACUCUGAAGAUUGGGUUCGCAACAACUUGCGAAUGGCAUGGACAUUCGAAAGCAUGGCCAAAGAAGGAAUCUACAUCGCAGGCGAGGGCUUUGCGAAAGCAUUCCAAGAGCUGCGGAAAGUCCUUGGCUGGAUUGAUGGUGGCCGCGCCAAUGUCAUGCCAGCGGUGUUGGUGUUUGAGGCACAUCGAGUUGAGGUGAGCGUUCCAAUUUUCUUUGCGUCACCGGUUCAACCAGAAGGCCAAGACAUGCAAAGCCUAGUAACUGUUGUGACCAAAGUCGUUCUGUCGGACUAUGAGAACUUUGUCAGGGGUGAGCUCCAGCGAGAAGUUUCUCCCAUCGACUUGACCCUGAAAUUUCGCUACAGUCCUGAGGUUCGAAUGCUUCCGAAAGGCACACGCAUCCGAGUGCUACGUCAGGAGGAUUUGAUAUUCCAGGAGCAGCCCAAACGCGGAAAAAAGCUUGAUGAAAGCGCAACCAAAGCAGACCCAGACCCAGGGCGAAAGAGGGACAGCGUCACCGUCAGCGUCAACCCUGAAAAUGCCGUGAACAGCAGAAAGGACAGCCGUGAGGAAGCUGCCAAGUUGAUGGAUCGGAAGGUCUUGCCAAACCACGCAGCGACCAUCCUGGAGUUAUCACUGCAGCGACCAGGAUACUACGAAAUACAGUUGGACGGAGUAAAAGGGACGGUUCUAUUUGAUCCUCGACCUGGAAACUAUUUGCUGACUGGUGUUUUCCGCUAUGCCCAGACGCAGCCCCUUCUGUUCUUCGAAAAGGGUGGCUGGAUUGAUGCGGUCGUGCACAGCGUGGGCAUUGGAAAUAUGCACGAAGUCUACAUGCGAGACCACAAGACUGGACAAAGGAAGAGACACAAAGUGAGCUUGAAUGAACUGAACCACGCACCAGCCAAGCUUCCGCUCGCCACAUACAAUUGGUGUGCGCAAAGUUACACUCAAGAUCUUUGGAUGCGCAACCACCAUCUUCAAGAUGCGCUCACAUCCCGAAGCAUUGACCUUCUCUCAGUGCCCUUUGCCGUGAUUCAGCUGAAGGACGAGCUUCAGGAAAGCAGCGGAGAACUUGAGAGUACCGACGAGAGCGGCUCAUCGAAGGAAAGCGAGGUCGACGAGGAUAUGGUGGGCGUGGAGAGUCGAUCUCUUGAGCCCCACGAACAGGCUUGGAAGCAGCUCCUACAGGACAUUUCUCCGAUGCCCAACAAGGUGCGGGAGGCUGGUGCACUGCAAAGACGAGCAGUUGUGGUUUGGGGGAAGCCCGGCACCGGCAAGAGUACCCUCUUGCGCCGGUUGGUGCUUGAGAGUCUUGUGGCCUCAGCUGGAGGAUUGCUUCCAGUGAUUUUGGACGCCAGGGAGAUCGUGAAGGUCAUUUGCCCUCCAGGUGGCUACUGCGCUGAGGGCGAUGUGCUGGAUGUUCUUCUCCAAAGCCGCUACAAGAACUCACAGUCGACCUACACGCUCUUGUGGCAGGCUCUUUACAGCCGCAGAGUGCUUCUUUUGGUUGAUGGUGGCGACGAAAAUGAUGCUCACGGCUGGGAGUUUCUGACUCAUUACUUGCAUCACCUGUGCUGCUUGGGCCAUCCUGUGGUGCUGUUUGCUCGACCUUUGCAAAACUCCCUUCGAUAUCAUUUGAAGGACCAUUUCUUGCCCACCAGCGCCUACCAAAUGGGGCUCUUGUCGGACCCAUUGCAACGCCUUGCAGCCUGUGCACGCCUUGGCGCUUUGUCGGCGGAAAAGGUUCAGGCAACCUUCAGGCAGUGCGAAGCUCUGGGCCGUCAACCUUCAGGCUUUGCUUUGCUCCUCUCCCAAGCUGAGCUGCGAGCAUGCAACCGCUUGGAACGCACGAGCAGCAAACAGGAGAUCAGCACAAUGUUGCAAGGGCAGAUGGUAGAGGCAGCGGUUCCGUCCCUGAUCAGUUUCAAUCUCUCGGCCUGCCUUCCGGAUGGAGCUGCCUCAUGGGUGAUCCAGCUUCUCGAAGUCAUGGCCAUGAAGCUCUACAUCGACGAUGCGGAACUUCUCUUGCCGGAGAGCAUGACCAAGGUCAUUGAAUCCGAGCAUCCUGACUUGGAAGGAAGUUGGAGAUUUGUAAGGGCUUUGAUCCUGGCCAACAAAUUUGUGCUGGUCGAGCCAUGUCUACCGCCUUUUGCAGAUGAGCGCAGAGGCAAAACCGUCAUGAGGUUUGUCCCACGCCUUCUGCGAGACUACUUUCUGGCGAGAUGCUUCACACGCUACCUGAAGGAGAAGCGCGUGCAUGGAUUGCCACAGGCAGAGGACAUCAUUUUUGAUUCCAAAUGGAAUAUGUUCUUUGACCUGAUGAUCGAGAUGGCGGCUACAUACAAGGUGAACGUCAGCCUGGACUUGAGGAAGAAGAAGGUCCUCACAGAAGCGCAGUUGACCAACUUUACCCAACGCUUGGCCAAUCUGGAGAUCCCGGUGAUACAGUUGGAGUUGCCACCGAACCAGGUGAAUCUACUGCCGGAGCUGCGGCGCUUGCUCCAGUCCGCAAAGAAGUCGGUGAACCACAUGGGGCUCCGCUGCAAUGCGUUGGGCGAGGCUGGAGCGGAAGUGCUGGCGGAGACACUGUCUCGCUGCGAGAUCACCUUCCUGCAGCUACAAAGCUGCUUGCUGGGGCAAGAUGGUGCAGCGGCUCUGAUGCAGGCCUUCCUUCGAGAGAAAAAGACACCCUCAAAGACCGUGACUCCCCGAAAGACGAUGAAGCAUCUCGCACUGCCUGGCCAACGGGUGGAGCAGGCAGAGGAGGAGCCUGUGGCGUCGCCAUUUGGAGAUCUGCCAGUUCCGCCGACAUCAGGUUUCAAGGUGAGCGUUCUGGAUUUGGGUGGCAAUGCCAUUGGUCCCGAAGGUGCUGAAGCAUUGGUUCCAGUCCUGCAGAUGCAGCAUCGCGAGGGAGGUAUACUGGAGCGAUUGGGGCUCGACGAGAAUAGCCUAGGACCUCGAGGUGCUCUGGCCUUGGCCCAGGGCCUCUGCAAGAACUCCGUGCUGCGAGGCCUCAGCUUGGCGAGGAAUCGCUUGACUGAUGAUGGCGUGGAGGCCUUGGCCAAAGCAAUGCCCGGAGGCUGUGACCGCCGCUUGCGGAGGUUGGUGCUCAGCUGUAACGAGUUGACCCCUUUGACGGGCCAGUUCCUGUUCGAGAAUCUCACUGCAAAGGCAUGUCCCCACCUGGAGCGCUUGGACUUGGCCAACAAUGCCUUGCAGGCAGAGGGCAUUUGGUUUCUCUCAGAGUUGCUUCAGAAUGGCCUGCCGAACCUUAAGGAGCUGGAUUUGGAGUACACAGAUGUCGGAAACGCUGGUGCCGGAUAUUUGGCUGAUGCUCUCCUCACAGGCGUGCCAUUGCAACGUUUGGAGCUUGGUGGGUGCCGAGUGGGGGCUGCAGGGGCCCAACGCCUGGCAGAAGCCUUAAAAAAUCCCCAAGGUUGCAGGCUGACCCGGCUUGGCUUACGUGGCAAUGCCAUCGAGGACGAAGGUGUAACGGCUUUAGCCAAUAGCCUGCUGGAGGUUGGAAGUCGAUGUGACGAGUUUGAGCGUAGCCAGAAGCUCACAAGCCGGGUCAGCAUGAACGCGGGCAGCAUGAACGGCAGCUCCCGAACACCGCCGCGUCGUGGUGAAUCACCCUUAGCAGAUAAAGAUGGGAUCACGUCAACCUUUCUCACACAACUGCAGGAGCUUGAUGUGUCGAGCAAUCGUGUGGGUGUGUUUGGCGUUGAUGCAUUGGCGGCGGUGCUGACUGGUGCUGCAAAGACUCGGCUCACAUCUCUGGAUGUGAGCCGAAAUUCUUUGGGUCGACAAGGUGCAGCUGCAUUGGCUGCUGGCCUGGAUGAAGGCUGUCCACUGCAGCAUCUCAAUGUCAGCCAUGCCAAAGUGGGAGAUGGAGGAGCUGAAGCCAUUGCGAAAGGAUUGCACCGUGCUCCGAAGGCCAUUGUGUGGCUUCAGAUGCAGGAGAACCGCAUUGGCCGACGGGGUUUGCAGCUGUUGCUGCAAGCUUUGCCCAAGGUGCCUGGCUUGCAGAGGUUGGCAGCGAGUGGGAAUCUUGCACCGGAUGAUUGGCCAAGCCAUGUGUUAGAAAACUUGGUUUCGGCAAAUCGAGCAGGAAUCACCAAGCCUUCAGUGGAGCUCUUGAGCCCUUCAGGGCGACGGUGGUUGGGCUACCGGAUCCUCCAUCACAACACCAGUUUUGGGUCUCUUGAUCCACGCUUUGCAACCGUGCUUCAGCUCGAGGAGGCGACGGAUGGCUCAAAGACUGUGCGAAGGACAAGCGUGCUCAAAGUUGCUGACUGACUAGUAUAUGGCCAAAGAAGAGGCGGUGCGGAGGCCAUGAAGCUUCGCAAAGAGUUCAUGUGAAAAAAAUCAGAGCCAUGCGCUAUUGCUGUUGCAAAAUCCAGGGAUCUGUCCGCUUUGCAUCCCUGACUUGAAACAUGAAGUCGGGCGAAGCUGCGGA